UUAAUAUCUAUUUGCUUAAAAAUUAUAUAAGCAAACUAUUUGGUAAACAUUUUGAAGUGUAAAAAUCAAACUGCAAAUCAAUUCGAAAAUUAUCGAAAACAAUUUUCAAAACCUAACUUUUCGGCAUAAGUGCAGUGCAGUGUGCUAAAAUAAACUAAAACAAAAAAUAUUAUAAUUAAAUUAAACAAAAUUUGUAAACAUUUUUUACAAAAAAAAAAAGGAGAGGAACAUUUUGGAUUAACGCGAACAUUUGCAAUUGGAUUUUAAGCAUUUGUCGUGUUCGGAGUGCGCGUCCUGAAUUUCAAACUGCUUAGAAAAACACACAACAAACUAAAAACAAAAAGAACAACAACAACAAAUCCGACAGCUCUCAUUGCAAGCGUGUGUGUUGUGUACAUAUGUGUGUAGAAAUCUCUACAACAACACACAAAUAAUAAUAAUAAUAAUUUAUUUAUAAUAUAUUCUUAUUAUUAUUAUUAUCGAUCAUCUUGGAUAGAAAGCAUUUGAUGCGAAGAAAGUCAACGCACCACAAACUCAACAAACAACAAUUGCAAAAUUCCCUUUGGCUAAGAAUUUGCAGCGGCUACUUGCAAAAUAUUAUUAUUAUUAUUAUCAUUGCUUUUAUGCAAAGUCCGCUAAAUAAUUCGACGAAAUUCCAUUUUGGCAACAUUACAAAAAUCACAAAUCGAAAGCAAUUCGCAAAGAUUGAGACGCAUCACAAAUCAAAGAGCAGCUUCUUCCAUUUGCUUUGGUCGGUAACGGUUCCGGUUCCGGAUCACUGUCAUCAUUAUCAUUCUUCCGUUCUUAUCAAACAUAAUAACGACGCCAACAACAACAACAACAAUCGAGCGAGUGUAAAAGAGCAACAAGUUGAAGAACAACGGCCUGCAACAUGGAUCCGCAACAACAGUUUUGCCUCAAAUGGAACAGUUUUUCCUCCAACUUGGCAAUCACAUUCUCCAAUCUAUUCAAAUCGGAUCUAUUGGCCGAUGUCACAUUAUCCUGCGAUGGCGCCGUCUUUAGGGCACACAAAUUAAUCUUGGCAGCCUGCUCGAAAAAGUUCGCCGACCUGUUCGAGAACACGCCCACAAAUGGCCAGUGUGUCAUCAUACUGGAGGCGACAACGCCGGACAACAUGGCCGCGCUGCUCGAGUUCAUGUACAAAGGCGAGGUGCACGUCUCCCAGGAGGCGCUCAACAGUUUCCUCAAGUCCGCCGAGAGUCUACAAGUCAAAGGACUGUCCACUGAGACGGGUCGCUUGGCGGCGCAACAGGCGCAACAACAACACAUGGGCGGCGACAGUUCGCCGCUCGAUUCGCCGACGGGUCGUCGCAGCAUGCGCAACAGUUUAAGCGGCAGCAGCGGCGUUGCCAUUGGCAUUGGCGGCAACAACAACAACAACAACAGUGGAAGCAACAACAGCCCUGGCAUUUCCGGCAACAAUGGCUUGAGCCUGGCCGGCGCCCUCAGCGGCAUGGCAGCCGCUGGUGGCAUGGCUGCAGCGGCAAGUGUGGCCGCCAGCGGUCUCAGUGCAUUGGCCACAAGUGCUGGCGCCUUGGAUCGUUGCGGCAGCGCUGGUGGCAACAUCAUUAGCGGCUCUGUUGCUGGCGUUGGUCCACUCAGCGCUGGCGCCGGCGUUGGCAGCGGCAGCGGCGGCGGCAGCGGUGGCAAUGGCGUUCAUCUUGGCGGCAACAAUGGACCGAUCAGUCUGAGUGGCAGCGGCGCUGGCGCCGCCAUGCAUUUGGGCGGCGGUUCAACGGGCAGUCUGAAGCAAGAGUGCGAUUCGCUGAUGCAUCCCAGCAGCAGCUCACAGCUGGGCAUGGCCUAUGUGCCGCCCAUGUACCACCGUCCCAUGUCCUUCAACGAACCGCUUCGCAAGCGCGCCCUCCGCAGUCCCUAUGCCGAGCAGGAGCUGCGCGGCAGCGUCCUCCGCGAUGGCUCCAAGAACUCCUCCGAGUGCCCCAGCCCCAUCAACAAGCAACCCUACCAUCGACCCUCGUCCAGCGCCAGCUCGACAGCGCCCACCGAGGCGGACACCAUGCACUCGGAACGCGCCUCGCCACAGUCCAGCAGGUAUGAGAACCACAGUCCCAGCACUACGGCCGGCAAUGGAAAUGCGCCGAGCGGCCUGGAUCGGAUUGUGAAAUCGGAACGCAACAAUGGCAGCGCCAACGAGGCUAAUGACGAUGAACGCGAACUGAUGGACGAGUCAACCGAUAAUGGUGCCGAGGAUUUGCGUGUGAAAUUGGAGAACUCAAACUAUUCGCCGCCACCCGCCAACUCGAACACCUCGUCGACCACACCGAAUGCGCUGCUGGAGAACCUGAAGAAUGCGGACGGAUCGCUGUCGGGCAAUUUGGCCGCAUCGAUUGCACCCGCUGACAUGUUGAACGUGUGGAAUGCCACCAAGAUGAACAACAAGAACAGCGUGAACACAGCGGACGGGAAGAAGCUGAAGUGUUUGUACUGCGAUCGCCUUUACGGCUACGAGACGAAUCUGCGAGCACACAUCCGGCAGCGGCAUCAGGGCAUCCGGGUGCCCUGCCCCUUCUGCGAACGGACCUUCACACGCAACAACACGGUGCGGCGGCACAUUGCACGGGAGCACAAGCAGGAGAUUGGUUUGGCGGCGGGCGCAACAAUUGCGCCGGCGCAUGUGGCAGCAGCGGCGGCGGCAGCGGCGGCCGCGAAUCAUUCACCAUAGGAAGCGGCCGCAACGGCAGCGGCAGCAGUAGUCAUGAGCGCGCACAAGGAGGCGGCGAAGCAGCGUAAACGUAAAUCACUCAAAAUGGCAUUGGAGAAGUGCAUGCAGCGACGCGAUGCGAUGGCAUGCACUGAGGUAGCGGGCGGCGAACAGGGGGGCGUAAUGGGCAUGGGAGGAGCAGGAGGAGCAGGAGAAAUGGGCGAAACAACAACAACGACGGCGACAGCGGCAGCGGCUGCGGCAGCGGCAGCAGCAGCGACUGCAGCAGCAGCUGCGGGUCUGCUAAGCUUUGAGCAUCAAGAGAUCGCAAUGCAAAUCAAAGCAGCCAUGGCAGCCGAACAGCAGCAACGCGAACGAGCCGAAGCUGAAGCAGAAGCCGAAGCGAUGGACACAACGGCAAACACAACAGCGAACACGACGACGACGACGACAUCAACAACAACGGCGACAACAACAACAACAACGGGCGAAACAUCAACCACCACCGAUGAAGGCAGCGAUGCCGAAGCCGAGGCUGAUUUGAGCGGCAACGAAGCGUUGCCGAAGGCCACAGCCAUGGAUAUCGAUGAGCCCGAGUCGGAGCUUGUUGUUGUUGAGCCAAAGAUCGAACCGUUGUCGGACAGCGAACCCGAAGACGAAGAAGACGACGAACAACAGCAGCAGCAUCAUUAUGCAGCUGCCGCUGUGAUGCCCAUCGAUGAGCCUGUUGAAAUGCAGCGCACGCCCACGUCCACGCCCACCAGCCAAAUGUUGAUGAUGGCCCAUGAAGCGCCCGCUUUGACCUCUACGCCCAAGGUCAAUGUGGAUGUGAAUGAGCAGUAAAUGAGAAGAAGAGAGAAGUAGAAGACGAAGAAGAAGAGGAAGAAGCCCCCACCCGCCCACAACAAAAAAAAUGAAAAACCAAAAACCUAUAACGAAUUGAAUGCCACAAUUCAACAAAUUGAUUGAUUAAUUGAUAGAGAGUGAUUGAGUGAUUUACAAAGAGAAAGAAGAAGAAGUUUACGUUACGCGCUACGAAAAUGAUGAUGAUGAAGAAGAAGAAGAAUGACUACUGUUGCAACUGUCGUUGCCCUCGGAGACCACCUAUAACAAAAAAAAUGCAAGUCCCAAGCAAAUCGCUUGGGCAAAAAUGUCUACUAUAACUAACUAUAACUAAAUACUAACUUUAUGCACACAACAAACACACACACACACACACAACACACAAGUACACAAAGGCAGUAUUUGAUGUUCUUUUGAUGUUUAUUAUUUUUGAUUCCUUUUUUCUUCGACAAAAACAGACCAACAACAACAACAACAAUGCUAGCGAAAAAUGAAAAUAUAAAUAUUUUUAAUUUAUUAGAAGAAAGAGUCUAUAACACAAAUCCGGCUGAAAAAUCGUUUUCAGUGUGCUAAGAAAUCGUCUCAACAAAAAGAAUAGUGAAUGAAAAAAGAAACGGAAAAUGAAACAAACUCACUAGACUCGCUUUGCUUUCAUCAGGCAAAGGGUCGAAUGAGCUAAAUGAGCGAAAAUAAAAUAUGAAAAGAAAGAAAUAUGAAAAUAGUUAUGCUUGCACAAAACAAAAAAAGUUUGAACGUUUUUGAUUGGUAGCUGAAAAUAUAAUUGUUUUUAAUAUACUUAACACAAACAUAUAUAUUUAUUAUUUUUUUGAAGAAAGUAUUUCAUUUUUUUUUUAAAAACACUGCAAAGUUGCCUCAAAUCAAACAUUAAACAAAAACAAAAACAAAAACGAAACAAAAAAGGAAGAAGAAAAAAAACGAGAAUGAAAAUACAAAAUAAAUACUUAACUGAAUUUAAAUAGCUGCAAAUCAACAACUAUAAACUACAAACUACAAAACAACUACAACAAAAACAAAAACAAAAAACCAAAAAACAGCAACAACAAACUACAAAGCAACAAUAGCAACAAAACCGCAACCACAAGUACCUGCAAUAAAUAAAUAGUAUAAAAACAAAAACAAAACAUAAAAUAUUGAAAUCGAAAGAAAGCAUUAAAAAAUCGCCUGCGUCGUCAGCCAAUUUGGCAUUUUGUUUGUCUAGUUUUUUGUAAAUAAUUUUAUUAAAUUUAUAUAAUACAAUGACAGCAAAAUGCAGUUGGCUGCCACGCCCCCAUGCUGUGCGUUCACAUUGCUUUUAAACAACAACGUUUUUAAUUUACAUUACAUUUUUCAUUUCUGUUUUCUUUUCACCAUUUAGGGCCUCAAAAUUUGAACAAUCGAAACUCACGCACAACUUUUGGCCAAAUCCAAAUGCAAAAAAAAAAACAAAAAAGGAAAAUUCUUAUGUUUUUAAUUUCAACAUUCAAGCAACAGAAGUAAAAAUAAAUAUAUAAACAAUUGGUAAAUUGGGUGCCUAUAAACAAAAGUAAAUUAAUUAAACAACUAUUAGUGAAAUUUUAUAAAGAAAACCUAAAGAAUAAAAUCUAAAAUAAAAACGUAUAUAUUUAAAUAAAAAAAAAAACAAAGUAAACAAUUAAAGAUAGUAAAAGAAAUGCAAAAAACGAGAAACUUGUUAUAAAAAGAAAAACCACUCAAAAACGUUCUCAACAAACUUGAAUGAAAAGCAACAAACAAUUAAGAAACAACAACAAAACAGAACAGAAAACAGCAAUAAUUACAGCAAACAAAAAGAAUUACAAAAACAAAAAUUCAAAAUCAAAAACACUUUUGGCACACCUUUGGAAAACAUUUUUCAUAACCAAAAAAGAAAAGAAAAUUAUGAUUUUACCCCACGAACCACAAAAAAAAAACAAAAAAAAAUGAAAAACUUUUCUUAAAUUCAAAAUUCAGUUCUUUCGGCUUUUAUGAUUUUUGUACAAGUAAGAAACAAAAACAAAAAACAACAACAACACGAUGAAAAUGCUGUAAAAAUAAUCUGAGAAAUCUUGUUGUAAACGCCUUAAAUAAACGCAAAUGGGCGUGUCAGGCACUGUAAAUACAAACACACACACACAUGCACACACACACACACCAACACACAGUUUAAGGAUCAGUUGUAAAAUGAUAUAAUAUUGAUGUAGGAUCUAGCAUAUAUAUAUAUUAUAUAUAUAAAUAUUAAGCGCAUAUGUAGGAACACUUAGGCUCGCCAAAAGUUGCUUGCAAAAAAAAAAAAAACAAGAUUAGGGUUUAUGUUCAUGUUUAAGUUUCCCUUUUUACAUAUUGGACACAAUAGUGCAAGUUUUUCUUUUACAUAAACUACAGGGUGAUAAAAACACACACACACAUAAACAAUAGUUAAAAACAAAUAAACAAACACACACACACAAACACUCAAAUAGUAUUCAACGGAAUGAUUUAAGCAAAUAGCCAAAUGUUAAAGAUCUAGUUACAUAUAUCAAAUGUUAAACAUGCUCUCAACGAUUUUUGAGAAUCGCAGAGAGCGCCGCCGACACACACACACACAUACACGUACACACACAUUUCCCCCCUCCCGUUCUUACUUACGUAAUCUACCCCAAAAACCAGUUUGUUCUGUGAUGUGCAACGUUCAAACCACGUUUGGCGUUGCAAAGUUUUUGUUUUCUUUAUUUUUGUAAUAAUUAAACUAAUAAUAUUGUAUGGUUUUCCCGCAUGCUUAACACACUAAACUUAACUAACUAACCGUAUAUAACUCGAACAGCAAAACAACAAAACAAAUCAACAACAAAAUGAAAGAAAAACAUUUAAUGAAACAAAUUAUGAUAAACGUAAUUAAUUGCAAUAAUUUACUUUAAAACGAAAGAUGAAAAUAACAAAUUUAUUAUUAAUAAUAAUAAUCCCACCCCCCCUUCUCCUUCCCCUCCUUCUGCAUCCCCCAAGCAACCCAACCACGUUCCAUUCGCAAGCAGCGAUUUGUCUCUCAGCAACGUUCUCUGGAGUCUGAAUUACAUAUUAUUUUUUAAGUACGUUGUUGUUGCACUCAUCGCCCAUGCUGUGCGAAUGGGGGGCGUGGCAUUUGUGGGUAUGCUGCUCAAUUGAAAACAAGAGAAAUUACAUUACAUUUUCGUUUUUUAACAAUAACAAUUAUUAUAAUAAUAAUAAUGAUAAUAUAUUGUGUGUAUACAACAUAAUACAAAGUAAAUUAAUUUUUUAGGUUUCUUUUGAAUUAGAGCUUAGUUUUAUAUAACGACUAUGUUUAGACUUAUGUACUGCAACUUAAUUGUAUGUAUGGAAAUCAAACUCAGGAACUCAUAUACCUCAGAAACUACCUCUUUGUUUUUUAUUAUUAUUAUGUGUUUACUGCAACAAACAAACAAACAAACAAGAAAACAUCAAUAAUAAUAGUCAACAAGUCAAGCUAAUUUGAAGAUGCUACAAAACAGCUUUAGUUCUUAGUAGAUUUUUUGUUUAGUUCUUAACUCCUUAAUAAUAAUGAUGAUGACUAAUCUUACGUAAUAUGCAAAAGACAACUUGCACACACACCAACACACCAACACACACACACACACCAAUACACACAUGCAAUAGCAACAAUAUCGAACUGCAAUAGUUAACUAAACUACCUCAAUGGGUCCCCAUAGACUGCGCAUACUCGUAAUAUUCGAAAUGAAACAAAAUGAGAAAUGAAAACUUACAACUUAAUACUAAAUGCAAUUUUAAUUUCGUUUGUAAAAUGGUGACACACACACACACAGAGACGCUAACACACACACACAUACACCCACACACACCUUUUGGCUUAUAAUUUCGAAAUAUUUACAAAAACAACAACAACAAACUUGAGUAAAUCCUUAUAAAAUUAGAAGAAAAAAACUUUGGCAGAUACUUUUUUUAGAUAGGUUUUUGUAAAUAUGCGCUAAAUUACACACACACACACACAAAACAAAAAAAAACACACACACACAUUUAAUGUAAACAUUACAGCAAAUUCUUUGGCUAUAACUAUAAAUAACUAUACGACAAAAACGAAAACAAAAACAAAAAAAAAUAUUAAAAAUAUCGAGAAAAAUUUUACUAUGUAUGUGUAGAGGCAAAUAAGGAAAAAUGUGUAUACAUAAUUUUCGGCAAAGCAACUAAAUGAGGCAAAAACAAAAAACAAAAAAAAAACACACACACACAUUAUAUUAACUAAAUAUGUAAACAACAACAAAAUACAAAGAAAUUAUUUUAAGGCUAUAAAAAUUAUGAGAACUAAAAUAAAUUUCACAAAUUAAUCGUAAAAUAACGGUAAAUAACGGUAUACUUUUGCUAGAGCUACGCGUAACUGUUCAAACAAAUUUUGUUGACAGCCAAAAAACAUAAAGCAUAAAAACAUAACAUAACUAAGAAUUGAAAUUGAAAUUUAAAUUAACAAAAAACCUAUAUUAAAUUCACAAUUCAAUUCACGAAAGCGAAACCCAAUGGUUAUAAAAACAAAACAAAUGUAAAAAAAAACAAACACACGAAAAUUGAAUUCAAAUUAUUUAAAUGGAAAUUCUUUCUUAAAGAAUUUCGUCGCAUGCAUAUAAGCAUUAACAUAAACAAUUUUAGGCUUAAACUUUCGGCUAAAUAUUAACAAACAACACAAAAAACAAAAAACAAAAAAAUGGGGAAAACAAAAACAAAAUUACAAACAUAUUUUUAUGUAAAACUUAACACGAAAACCACAUUUGGCACUCGCAGAAUAUAUAAAUGAAAAUUACGCAAAACUUUGCAUAAAUAUUUAUUUAUAGCGUUCAGCUAAUAAAAAUUAUAAAAAUAAUGAUAAUUUUAGGCCCAACUUUCGACAAAAGCGGCCUAAAAUAAUUUCUUUGUAAAAUAUGUUUGCACACAACUACAAAAUGUAAGUGAAACACGAAACGAAGCGAAAAGAGAAAACAAAACAAAACAAAAGAUGAUUGCAUAAGAAAUAUCUAAAUUUAACAACAAAACACAAAUGUCGCCAUUUUGCAUUUAGAGCGUUAAAAGUUACAAAAAAAAAUGCUGCCAACUCACUUCAAUGGAAUUUAUCGAUAACACUUUAUCGAUCGAUUUCAUUUGAAGUGAGUCGAAGGCAGAAAACAAGCUAAAUACAUUUUCAAACGCAAAAAAAAAACAACACUUUUAAUGUACAUAAUAAAAACAAAAAAAUAUUGAAGAAAUUUAAUAAUGAAAACAAAAAAUGCUAAAAACAAACUUGUGUAUGUAUCAUAUAUGUAAUUUUUGUGUUUAUAAUUGUUUUAAUUUUCCUUAAUUUUCAGUUGUAUAAAUUAAUUUAUAAGAAAUAUAUUAAACGAAAGUAAAAAAACAAAACAAAACAACAUUGUAAAACUUGAAUAUGUGUAAUGUGCACAGGUACAAAAUGCUAAGUUUAAACAAAAUAAAAUACAAAUUAUGCAAAUGAAAAUGAAAAAAUUAUGCUAUAAAUUUGAUGAAACAAAAUGAAAAAAGCAAAACACACACACAUAAAUAGCGAUCGUUGUAAGUAAUUUUUGUUAUAUAUUUUUGUUAGUACUUGUUUUCUAUUCUAUUAAUAUUUAGUUGAAUAACAGAAAAGUGAAAGAAACAACAACAACAACAACAACCUCUUCAACAACAACAACAACAAUAACAAGCCAAUUGUACUUAUAUCAAGCAUACACAACAAUUUCAAUUCGAGUUUUCCUUAUUUUGUUAAUUUGCUCAAAAGAAAUACAAAGAAACAAAAACAAAACGAAAACGAAAAUGAAAAUAGAACAAAUCGUAGGAUUCUGCGAUUUUAAUUUCGAGAGUUUUUUCCUUUACGAAAUAUCCAAGUUAUUUGAAAUAACUAUAAAAUGAAAUAUCAAGAAGCUGAAAUUGAAAUUGAAAUAAAUUUAAGUGUCAAAAUGUAUGUAAAAAAUAUAAUAUAUUAUUUUAUUUUAAACAUUACCUUUUAUGUUGUACAAUUUAAAUUUGUUUAAUCAUCACAACAACAACAACAACAACAAAAAUUGGCUUGUUUCCACUUUUUAAUUUUUAAUGUUUAUGUUUAAAAACUAAAUUUAUAAUACACAAACACACACACACACACACACAAUAUAUAUACAUAAAUAUAUAUUUACGUAAAUGCUAAAUUAAUGCAACUAAAUAAAUGUUAAAAACCAAAAAAAAAAAAAAAUACAAACAAUUGGCAAUUUUAAUUGGCUCUAAAUUCGAACAAAAUUUAUAAUAAUUAUAAUUUCAAUUUUCAGUUCUUUUUUUUAGCACACGGAAACACACACUUAAGUAUAUCGAAAGAAUUAAAAAAAAAUAGUAAUUAACAAUUGAAAAACAGAGUAAUGCAAAAUGUGUUUAGGCCUAAGCGAAACAAACAGUUCAGCAGUAUACAUACACAUACAUGUAUACCUAUAUAUGUAUAUAUACAUAACAUAUAUAUUAGAUUUAUACCCUGUGAAAUCGGUGUUCCACACACACACACACACUCACACUCGUCUCUCUUUCCCCUUUCUCUAAAUGUGUAAAUCAAGUUGUUGUAAAUUUGUCUAAACGAAAAUCGAAGCGAGUACAAAUUAAAUUAAAUAUUUUAUUGGUUUCCUUAACUUUUCAUUUAUUUCAUUAUAUUUAAAUGUAGGUCACACAUAAAUGAAAAAUAUAUGAAAAAAAAGUAAAAAAAAAUUAAAGCAAGCUAUACAAAAAACUUUUGGAACAAUGACAAGUACAAAAUUUCAGGUAAUACAAAAUUUAGCAGUUAAAUUAAAUUAAAUUAACAAAUAUAUUAUGAGAAAACGUACAAAUUUUUCGGCAUAAAAUAUAACAUAAAAUAAAAAUGAUUGAAUGAAUGAAAUGUUAGACUACAAUUGCCAAAUAUUUGGCAAAUUUGGUGUGACUUUAGAAUGAUUCAGUUACUGGCAAAAUGAAUUUAAUUUAAUUUCCUUUUUUUGGUUUCAAAAGUGGAAAUAUUGCAACAGAACUUGAGUUACACAUGCACAUAAAUUAAACAAUGAAAAUUUGAGCAAUGUGCUGAACUGCAAAGUGUGCAAAAUUAAUGCAUUCAAAAUGGGAAAUUACAAAAAACAAAAAGGUUUAAUUUUAUUUUUAAGGAAUGAGCAAAAGAAAUAUUCAAGACAGUCCACAUAAUAAGAAUGUACGCUAAAACUAAAAAAAAAACUUACUUAUACGAUGUAUAGAAUAUA